AGAGUGGGAAUUCCAUUUUAUAACUACCAGUGUGGACACGCCCAAGUACAUGCCAUAUGAGAGGAACUGUAAGCAGACUCUUGGCCAAAGCCUGGCUGAGAUUUGAUUGGACUGCUGCCUGAAGCCAGAUAAAAUAGCUGUCAGCCGCCAGAUUCUGCCUGCCAGCCAAGCAUGUUCUGGAGAGUCUCGUGUUGCUUUUAGGUGACCUUACACAAGCCAGUCUUCUGUCUGUGGGUGAUAACACACAACUCCUGGCCCCCUUUAGAGUUUCUGAGCUUCCGCAGAGCAGGGCUUUUUCCUUUUUCCUUUCUUCUUCUCAAGUAUCCGGAGCCUUCCAAGCAUUUAGCCACAUGUGUGUAACGUUUUCUCCCCUGUCUCACGUGACACGAGGCAGAAGCUCAAACAUUACACAAUAAUCAAAAUAUGCCUCUGGCAAAGCUGAGCCAAAAAGCUGAAGCCGCUGCAAGAAAGUGGGAAUGCAAAUGAAAGAAACCCAUUUUUCCUAACGUCGAGCAAGGCAUCUGAGAAUGCAAAAUCGCAAGCCCUUCGUUUAAAGGAAAGGUUUUGCAAGAAUAGCUAGGAAUCCCACGAAGCUGGACAACUAUGCUCUGCGGUGAAACAUCUGUUUGAGAUUCUUCAGCUUUCCUACUGGAUGUCAGGAUCUUUUUCUGGAAGACAUUUGUGCUUGCGUCACCAUGAUCUCCCUGGUUCUGUUUGUCUGGAUUGUGCCCUGCAUUGCCAGUCAGCUCGUCAGCAGCUUUGCGAAAGCAGAAAGUCAGAAAGGUUCCAAGCAGGUCAUCUGCAGCGUGCCAGGACCACAAGGCCCUCCUGGUGUGCCUGGAGCUCCAGGUUCCCCCGGGACGAUGGGAAGGAUGGGUUUCCCAGGAAAAGACGGACAAGAUGGAAAGGACGGAGAAAAAGGGGAGACAGGGGAGGAAGGUCCACAAGGCAAGACAGGAAAUCCCGGCAAGCCAGGGCCAAAGGGAAAGGUGGGAGCCAUUGGCAAAGCUGGUCCUCGUGGUCCAAAGGGCCUGAAGGGGAACCCCGGGAAAAGCGGAGGUGUGGGGAAGAAAGGCCCCAAAGGAGCCCUCGGGGACCCUGGGAUGCCAGGCCCCUGCAGCUGUGGGGCAAACAAAGCCAAAUCCGCCUUCUCUGUUGCAGUGACCAAAAGCUACCCGAGAGAGAGGCUGCCCAUCAAAUUUGACAAGAUCCUCAUGAACGAAGGUGCAAACUACAACAGUUCCAGCGGUAAAUUUGUGUGCAGCAUCCCCGGCAUCUACUACUUCACUUACGACAUCACUUUGGCCAAUAAACACUUGGCCAUUGGGCUGGUGCACAACGGGCAGUACAGAAUAAAAACGUUUGAUGCCAACACCGGGAACCAUGACAUAGCUUCUGGAUCGACUAUCCUGUCCUUGAAGCAGGAUGAUGAGGUCUGGCUGCAGAUAUUCUACUCAGAACAGAAUGGACUCUUUUAUGACCCUUACUGGACAGACAGCCUUUUCACUGGCUUUCUGAUCUAUCCUGACCAGGAAUAUCUCAAUGAAAUAUAAAGGGAAGACUGUCGACAACAGCAACACCAGCCAACUCUAACAGGGAGUCGGACAUGGAAAAUGAGCGCUGCAAUAAUCUUUGAAAUAGUCCCGUCUUUACAGAAGCAGUCUUAACCUGGACUGUGUCCCAGACCAUUGCUAUCAUGUUUAUAGAUGAUAAGCACAUGGUGAGCACACGUUCGAUGAACUACAAUUCCAAACAUCUCUGAACAUUGGCUAAGCCGACCGGGGCUGAUGGAAGUUGGAGUCCAACAGAGUCUGGAAGGCACCAUGUUGCCUACCUCAAUCUAAGCCUUGGUGUUUCUUUGUGUCAGUCUGUGCGUCCCCUUAGAGAAUCAGCCUAGUUUAUAAAUUCUGAGCAGUCAGAUUUUUCAUCAUUUGUGGCCAGUCGCCAUUGCAAUAUAAUUCCCCCCAAACCCAGUAAGGCAACUCAAGAAUAUGUUGAAACAUAUCUAUUUACAGAAUGACAAAUUAUAAAAACUUUAAAAUUGUAAUGCCCCCUCCCCAAAUCAUUUAGAUCAGUGUUUCCCAAACUUUUUCAAAAACGAAAGACCCAAUUUUGCUUAUCUGUCCCAAUAAUCUGCAUGUAUCCUGAAACCUGUCAGGCACAGCCCCUCCUUUGGCUAAUCUAAUCAAGUCUCUUGUUCUUCAUCUUAAAUCAAUGCAAACUCAAUGACAAGAUCACGUCUGGGUUUUUCUAAAACACCUUUUGUUUUGCUUAGAAUCUAUCCUGAUGAAGUGUUCUGGAGAACUCCCAAAAGGUUGCCCACAACUGUGACAUUUGAGUUGGUCCUAAAGAAAGUGUUGCUAUCUACAGCUUACUUAUAGAAGCAAUGAAUGAUCAUGGUUCUCUGCCUAAUGAGACACUAAGAAACCCCCAAAGGCAAACGAAAAAGGAAUAAUUUAUAAAGAAAGAUGGAGAUGACCACAUUAUUUUAACAGUGGAAGAAAGAUUAUGAUAUUCAAAAUCAGGAGCUCAACACUGAAGUGUCUUCAAGAGAUCACAACACAGAAUGAUCAGAAUAUUAUUUUCCCUGAAUCUUUUUGUGUCCCAUAAUUUUGUCCUCACAGCUACAGCAAAUCUCAACUGAAGUUAGUUAGGUAUGGUGGAGUGCUGGAUUAAGGGCAAAGAAACUCGGGUUCAAAUUCCCCCUUAGCUCACUUGGUAACUUUGAGCCAAUCGCUAUCCCUCAGCCAAACCUACCUCACAGGGUUGAUGUGAGGAUACAAUGGAGGAAGGGCAGAAGCAUGUAUGCUGCUUUGAAAUCCUUGGAGGGGAGGCAAUGUUGUUAAUGAAUAAUAAAUAAUUAGUAAAGGAAAGAAGAUAAAUAGAAACCAACAUGUAUCAGCCACUUGAGGCUUUAAUGUUGUAUGUAUACUGCCACCUAGUGACUACCAUCUUCAUUGCAAAAGGUGCUGCCUGAACAAUACAAUUUUGCAACCAAGCACUGGUGUUUUCACAAGUCAAUAAAAGUGCCUUUUAACAUGCUCACUGCACAUACAAGCAAACGAUGCCAUGCAGUUUUAAAUGUACAGAAAUCCAGGUGUGGUUUUUCCAAUCAUCUGAGGGUGGGUGGCUUUCCAUUUGCAUUUUCAACCCUUGGGAACGUUUUGUCGGUGCUUCCCGACACAGACCUUACAUAACAAAUGAAUAAUAAAAAUCCAAUUUUUUUGGUGUGCACUUCCAGGAGGUGAACAAGAAA